CAUCUUCUUUAGCAAAAUUAUCUCUUCCAAUCAUCCAACAAUUCACUACAACAAGCAUUGCUCCAUCUUACCUAUCUAUGGCCAAAAUCAGCAGUUAAAGUUUGAGUCCUUUUGCGUCUAGAAUGACCGAGUACUCCAUCAAAGUACAUCACAGCAUGUGCAAACAUAUCAUUGGUCGUGUCUUCUGAACUAUCUGUUGGCAAGGAUCGGGGAAGUCUCGCCGACGAGUGUGGAAUAGGCGCUGCUUCCGUUCUAGGGAUGUUCUUCGAUACCAGCCAUCUGGUCGAGUAUGCAAAUAUCCUGAAUGUUUGGAGGGGUGCUUGAACGGCAUGUUAGAAAUUUGUGGACCAUCAUCCAACAAUGUGCGAGAGUGCGCAAGAGUGUGCGCUUUAACCGCCGAUUGGACUCUUCAUUCUAAUAAAGUUGCUUUUUCCUACCUGCUGUGAAAGUACAAGUAGAAUAGUCCCCUCGUACUUUGCUCGGUGACCUGUUUGUAUAUUUAUCAUGUCGAAUUUAGCGAAAUCUGAUAUCGAGCGCCUAGGUCGCCAAAGACCGCCUCAGUUCAAGACAGUAUGGACUGAAAUCGGAUUUGUAUUUUCUACUUGUGUUUCUCAAGUCCUUUCGGAGUAUUUCGUUAGCGGAUUUGCCGUCAUUGUUCCAUGCCUCAUGAAAGAUCUCAAUAUCCCAAUAUCCUCAUCAACAUGGCCAGCAACAGCCUAUUCUCUGAUGGUUUCAUCUGUAAUGCUACCCUUUGGUAGGCUGGCAGAUAUAUACGGUGGAAGACGAGUUUAUAUCGCUGGUCUUGCGUGGCUCACGCUAUGGUCAUUGAUUGCUGGGUUUUCGAAAGAUCAAUACAUGCUUGAUAUAUGCCGGGCUUUGCAGGGUUUGGGGCCAGCUGCAUUCAUGCCAUCUGGGAUGAUGCUACUAGGUCGAACUUAUCGACCAGGACCAAGGAAGAAUCUCGUUUUCAGUAUAUAUGGCGCAUGUGGGGCUGCUGGAUUUUUUAUCGGCAUUUUCUUUGCUGGAAUGACUGCCGAAUAUGCUAAAUGGGCAUGGUUCUUCUGGGUGGGGGCUAUUUUGUCUUUCAUAAGUGUCGCUUCUGCAAUGCUUUGCAUUCCAUCCGAAAACGAUAAGCGCGAUGACCUUCAGAUGGAUUGGCUUGGAUCGGGGCUUCUAGCAGCCAGUUUCAUACUUUUCGUUUUCGCCAUAACGGAUAGCGCUUAUGCCCCGCAAGGAUUCAAGACCUCAUAUAUCAUUGUUACAUUUGUUUCAGGGAUUGUUCUCUUCGCAAUUGCUAUGUACGUCGAACGAUAUGUUGCAAGUCAGCCACUCCUACCCUAUUCACUCUUUGCCGUCCCCAAUAUGAAACCUUUAUUCGUCGCCUUAUUUUUCACAUAUGGAAGUCUUGGUGUCUUUCUUCUUUAUGCUACAUUCUACUGUACCAACAUAUUGGGUGCUUCGAGCCUGCAACUGGUUGCAUGGUUUAUUCCGCUCGCUAUUGGCGGAUGUCUUAUCGGUACAUUUGGCGGCUUCAUACUCCAUCUCGUUCCUGGCACAGCUCUGAUUAUUUUCUCUGGUAUAUGCUGGAUCAUUGCCCCUUUACUAUUCGCACUCGCUCCCAUACAUGCAUCAUUCUGGGCAUGGGUAUUUACCGCAAUGACCUGUGCAACUCUUGGCAUAGAUAUAACAUUCAAUGUCACCACCAUCUUUAUCACCACUUCUCUACCUUCAUCUCAACAGGGCCUUGCAGGCGCCUUGAUAAAUUCGAUAAUGCAAUUCGCUAUCGCGGUAUGCCUAGGUCUCUCUGAAAUCAUUGCAAACGCCGUGCAGAACAAAAGCGGAAGUUUGCGAGAUAGUUACAGAGCCGUAUUUUGGUUCGAGGUCACAUGUGCGAGUGUCGCACUGUGUAUCCUGAUUCCAUUUUGCAAAAUCGACUCGGCGACAGCUGGACUAACGGACGAUGAAAGGAAAGAUUGCGAAGCGGAAAACAAGGAUGCAAACAAUCCUUCUGGGGAAAUAGAGAGUGUGGAUCAGGGUAUUCGUGGGAAUCAUUUCGAAACACCAUCUUCUUCUUCCGACUCACUGGGUCAACACGCUUGUUGAACCUGGUUUCUUUGGUGCAAGCUCUUAUUGGUCAAAAUCUAUAUUUGGUAUUCUCGUUUUUUUGUGAAAUUAGGGACAGGGAGGAUAGUAUGAUUAAAAGCGAGGAGUUGGAACGGAUGGAAUCUCGGUCUAGGAAACAGGAGAGGUAGUUUGGGAGUAUCGAAGAAACUUUUCUAUUUAUGUAUGCGGGGAGGGUUACGAUGCAAUUUUGAGCCUCUAGAUUCUCAUGGAGGUUGCGAGUAUAACAGGCACUAGGCUGAAGAUCGUGGGAUACGUUUAGAUUGAAUAUUUAAACAUGGCGUGAUUAGAUAAAAUCAUGUACACAUCAGUAUCUCUGUUUCAGCUACGAUAAAACUAUUGAAUGAAUGUACCCCUCAUGUUAUAUUACGAACAGGUGCAAGUUUGUGAAACAAUUUUCACACACA